AUGUUCGCAGGAGUUGCAGCCUCUAGGGUCAAGGACUUAUUCUUUCGGGCGCGCCAGUUCGCCCCGGCCAUCAUAUUCAUUGAUGAGAUCGAUGCCAUUGGGUCCAAGCGAGGCACAGCCAGCGACCAGGGCGGGGGCAACAUCGAGCGGGAGCAGGGGCUGAUUCAAAUUCUUACAGAGCUGGACGGGUUUCAGGAGAACCAGGCCAAGGUGCUGGUCAUUGGUGCCACUAACCGACUGGACAUGCUGGACCCAGCGUUGCUGCGCAAGGGGCGGUUUGACAAGGUGGUGCGCGUGGGGCUGCCCACAGAGGAGGGGCGGUUCUCAGUGCUCAAGGUGCAUGCGCGCAACAAGGCGUUCAAGUCGGAAGAGGAGAAGCUGAAGCUCCUGAGGGAGAUAGCCGCUGCUACACCCGACUACAGUGGAGCCGAGCUUAUGAACAUCCUCAACGAGGCUGCCAUUCUAGCCAUUCGAAAAGACAAGGAUGAGAUUGAGAGGGAGGAGCUGCUUCAAGCCAUUGACCGGCAAGCGGGCGAGUUCAAAACCGGAGAGGAGGACGUGUUGGACAGCCGGGAGGUGCGCAUGCGAGCGGCUUACCGCGAGGCCUCCAUCGCUGUGCUGGAGUGCGCCCUGCCAGACAGAUCAGGGCCGAUUAAGAGGACCUCUCUGGACAACGUUGAUCCUCUCCCCAACAUGGAGCACGAGAGGGUGCGCCACCGCUGCUUUGCCGUCAAGCAGGACAUGCUCGACGCUAUCGUGCGCGCCUUCGCACCUGCCAUCAUGGAGCGCAUGGUGUUUGGAGCGGCCAAUGUGAGCUGGCAAGCAGGGGUGGCGUACAGAGAGGCGGUUCAACUGGCAGACUAUGUCAUCCUCAGGAGCGGCAUGAGCGCCCUGGGGAAGGUGGUUUACGAGACGCAGAAGGACCUUAUGCCGCAUCUCAUUCCCAAGGUCAUCGCUCUAAGGGAAGAGUACAUGCGCUACUCCAAGGCGAAAUGCGAGGCUGUUCUUAAGGAGUACAGAUCGGCUGUAGACACCAUCGCAGAGCGUCUGUUGGAGGAGGGCGAGGUGACAGGAGACGCCAUUCACAGGAUCUAUGAUGCUGCUCCCAAGUUCCCCCAGCCCCCAGUACCAGCUAUUGACGAAUACGCAGUGCUAGUCCACACCGGCAGGUGGGGCAUUCACGGUGCCUCCCUCCCCGGGCGAGCCACCUUCCACCCGGGCAACUCCGGCUACGCCACCUUUGGAGCGCCGCGGCCGCAGCAGGUGCAGGCUGUGAGCGACGAGACGUGGAAGGUGGUGGAGGGGAUGUGGAGGGAGAGAAUUGCGGAACUGAGGCAGAUGGAUGAGGAGGACGAGGAGGAGAGGGAGCAGCAGCUGCUGCUGCCUGAUCUGGUGCUCUAG